AGUUGAUACCGAAAGCUUGAUGCUGUAAACAGUGUCCAGGGGAUAAACUAGGGCCGUAUAAACCAGAUAAAUGAGGGCGAAUUUUGGUGAGCUUUCAAUACCAGCAGUCCUCAUAUCAAUGCAUCUGUGGGUUUUCAUGCAAAUGGUUUCAUUCUUUAAACCACGGCCAUGUAUGUCUGCCAGUGUGCCUGGCUAUAUAGAGCUCAUCAUCAUCUUCAUCUUCAUCAUCCAAACACUGAAAGGGGCUGCUCUUGAGCUCAAAGAACAACUGGUCAAGCCUAAGCCAUCAGCUAUGAAGAGCAAGUGGGCAGCGAUCGGUUCUCCAGGCUGGUGGUCUCCGACCUCUGAUCACGCCAUGCAGAGCAAGAGUCCAUCCGAGAAUAACUCCAAAACCAAGUGCGUGGCUGCGGAGGAGUCCAUGAGGAUGGUUAUGUACUUGAGUAGUUGGGGGCCUAACUAACCAGCCACUGCGUCUUGCAUGAGAGAUGUCUCUUAUGCAUGGUCUUGCCCACAAUUGACAAUCCUCGGAGCUUGGAUCUUCACAAAUUUCACUAAAGGCAAUCCUAAAGAUUCAGAGCAGAGCAUCCAGCGGCACAAGAGCUGAAACCUGACGUGCUAGUCGUGCAUGUACUAAGAGGCCAAUGUUCAAUAAGCAGCAGAGAUUCACACUGAAUUUGGAGAUAUGAGUCAUACGAUCACAAUUGACAUCAAUUUUCCCAAAUAACAGUGGGUUUUCCCAACUUUGUGAAUGAACUUAUGAUAUGUUUUGCUGUCUUAAUCUAUAUUCUAGUUAAUGGUAAUGAAAAUAAGCUAUUGUGAGUUCUCAA